AAACCCGGAUUUCCGGGAAUUCCCGGAAGACUUUCAUCACUGAACUUAGAAAGUUUUGUGUGGCAUAAAUAUCACUCCAUAGCUACAUUUUAAAAUUAAAGAGAGAACGCACACUGCCAUCUGCUGGUACAACCAAAAGCCUCAUAUCUCAGGUUUUCUAGACGCUUCCUGAUCUUUAAUUUAUAUUUUAAGAAAAUUAAAAAGGAAUUCUAAAUAUGUUUGUAAUCCUUGUUUACUCUGUUAAAGCCCUCACAAGUAGGAUGGGGCAAUAAGUGAAAUUUACUUGUCAACCAUGACAAAUGCACACAAUAAACGUCACAAUCCGACAUUUAAUUCUUUCAGGCUGUUUUCUUUUUUUUAAAGAUAAAUAUUUAUUUUCUCAUUUAAAAAAUAUUUUGAGUUUGCUGGUGAAAAUGUACAAAAGUCAACAUACCAAUAAGCUACAGACAUGUUAGAAAAAGAAUCAUUUAUUGGUUUUGUGUAAGCAAAGCAGAGCUAACUUUUUUAUACUGAUGACACUUGAUUUUCCACAAUUAUAUCAGGAAAUGAAAAAAAAAUUGUUUUUCCAGCUGUCUGUGUGACGUUUAAAAAAGCUCUGCCAAACCAAACUUGAGGCUGUUGCAGCUAAAAUUUGUUUUUUCUGUAAGUAAUGACAAAUAUUUGCAUCUUAAAUGUCAAACUUUCUAGGAUCUGAGUUUAGAUUGGAUGUGGAAACGCAGCACAACAUUGACUGAAUCAAAAAGCUCUCCAGCUAGCUUACAGCCCCUCACACCCCCAACUUAACGUCCAAACCGCCGUAUUUUCUCUAGUCGGAAUGUAAUAAAACAUAGUCUAUCAAUUUCUUUUUUUUUAAAUUAAUUAUGUUUUGCGUUACCUGUGCAAACAGCUGAAUUAGGGGAAUGUUAACUUUUUAGGAAGCUUUAAACUUCCCUAACAUCCCAUAUUGAGUAUUUUUUUAAUUACUUAAAUUUAAGUAAAUUUGAUUAAGAAAUGAAUUGGAUUAUUUUUAAUUGGUUAGUAGAGUCCAACGUUAAUGAUCAUUUAUUAAUCUGCAUUACUUCCAAAUGCAAAAAAUUCUAAAUAAACUUUGUAUUUCCGGAAUUAUUUCUUCUUUUGGGACGAAACAUUUCUCUUAAAUAAAGCGUGAAACAAAGCGCUGCAGGCAGGAGUAGUUUUACAGCUAAACAAAACCUGAGAGGUGGAGUGUUAAUAAUUCCCAUGUUUUUUUAGGGGGUGUGAAUGCAACGCUUCCCAGUGACCGGCAUCCCUUCCGGUAAAUGGAGUCAACUUUUCCCAUGAUCCGCCAUUUCAGUCCCGGAGUUCGAGUCGCACGUUAGUUUUGGUUUGUUGUUGAGAUUUGAACCGUUUAUCGGCGGGUAAGGUUUCCCGGCGCUGCGGUGGCGGUUCCGCCUGCGUUAGUCGUCGUGGAAGUCGGUGGAGUCGCGGCUUUUCCCAGCGGCGGCGACGGUCGGAGAAAGUUUUGUAUGAGUUGCGCGUCGGGAGAAGCGAAGGGGAAGGCCUGAAGCCUCGGACGGGAUUUCGCAGCCAUGGCCGGGAAUUUUGACGCGGAGGACCGCGGGAGCUGGUACUGGGGCCGGCUGAGCCGCCAGGACGCGGUCUCUUUCUUGCAGGGACAGAGGCACGGCGUCUUCCUGGUCCGGGACUCGAUCACCAGUCCCGGCGACUACGUGCUGUCGGUUUCGGAGAACUCCAAAGUGUCUCAUUACAUCAUCAACAGUGUCAGCAACAACCGGCAGUCCGGUCCAGUUCUGGCUCCUUCUCGGUUCCGGAUCGGGGAUCAGGAGUUCGAGGCGCUGCCGGCCCUGCUGGAGUUUUAUAAGAUCCAUUACCUGGACACCACCACGCUCAUCGAGCCUGUGAGCAAGGCCCGAAACGCCAACUCCAACAGCACGCCUGCCGGCGCCCCUCAGCAGGUGGAGGAAGAGUUCGUGCGGGCCUUGUUCGACUUCCCCGGUAACGACGAGGAGGACCUCCCCUUCCGUAAGGGCGACAUCCUCCGCGUGCUGGAAAAACCCGAGGAGCAGUGGUGGAACGCUGCCAACCAGGAGGGCCAAAUCGGGAUGAUCCCGGUGCCUUACGUGGAGAAAUACCGGCCCGGCUCGCCCACCACCGCCUGUCCGGGCACCCCGGGCGCAACGCCGGGACAGGGCGGGCCCGCGGGCGGCACGGAUGGAAUAGGGAGCCCUCUCGGAAACCCUCUGGGGGAGCCGGGUCCAUAUGCUCAACCCGUGGUCAGCGCUCAGCUGCCCAACCUGCAGAACGGGCCUGUCUAUGCAAGAGCCAUUCAGAAGAGGGUGCCGAACGCCUACGACAAGACCGCGCUUGCACUGGAGGUGGGGGACAUGGUCAAGGUGACCAAGAUCAAUGUGAACGGCCAGUGGGAGGGGGAGUGCAAAGGGAAGCAAGGCCACUUCCCAUUCACCCACGUCCGGCUGCUGGAACAGCACCAUCCGGACGACGAGAGCUGAGAGACGCUGCCGCUCUUCUUCUCUGGUUUGGGUUUCUUCUUCGUGCCUGGAGAGGACUGGUUAGAUCCAGGCACGCCUUCAUGAACUCACGAGCUGACCCUGCAGCUCAAGACCCGAUGUCGGACUCCUGUAAGGCGCUCACGCUAAACGGGUAUUACACACCGUCACUGUGGGCUCAACUAAAGCCACCUAAACCUGACACUUGUUCUGUAUUUACUCGAGAAGAUCCCAACUUUUCUUUAGUGCGUAUUUAUUAGUGUUGGCUCUCAGGAGUCCUGCACCAGGCCCCCCAUGGUUGCUCUGCCGCCUCCAUCCAGGAAACGACGACUUGCUGUGAUUCCAGAGUUGCUGUUGGUAACGUCUGGACUCCUCCAGAGUCCGGUUCUGAUGCGCUCCGCCUGAACAGCGGCUGCUGAAGGGGACCGAAUGGUCGUUGGGUUUGAGGAUUUGCCACUGCGCUGUCGUUCAGCCUCACUCCAGGUUUAUUUCAGUGGGAAAUGGGAACCGGGUGGUGGUGGUGGACGGGCGCUGUCCACACGUUAAUGUUGCUUUAUUGGACUUGAAUCUGUGUAUUUUUCAGACCUUCAAAAGCUGGAUCUGACAAUUGGGUUUCUUGUCAAUAAGGUGUUAAAAAUUCAUUCAUUUAGGGGGGGGGGGCACACACACAACAUUUUGGCCUCAAACAGAAUUUACCACUAAUAAAUCAGGGUGAUGUUGCAGACCAGCGCCACGUAAAACCGGCUGCUGCGGCGGGUCAAAGGGACACAUGUCACGGGUCGUUUUCGGAGCUGGUCAGUCAAACCCUUGUUUACAUACCUUGAACCCAGUACUGACGUGACGUACCACAAGAUUUACCGAGAACGACCGUCUAGCAAAGAAUCAUAAAUCUGUGAAUUUCUUCAAAGAACAGCCGCGAGCCUUUGAGCAAACUCUACCGGAUGGAGACGAUCCUUUCAAAUGUUUUUGAAACUCCCAAAAACAACUUUUUUAAAAAUGCCAAAAUUCCUAAACAGUUUGUGUUUUUUCCUGCCAAAAUGGAAUUUUUUAAGAUUUUUUUUUGUCUAAAUUGUGGAUUUAAGACUAUAGGAAUCAAAUCUUUAUGCAAAAAAGGUUUUAUGUUUAUUUGAGAUAUUUUGUCUUCCAGCUGAGCUCUUAAGAUGAUUUUAAAACAAAAUAUUAAGACUCUUACAUGCUAAGUUCAUUGGACGUGUGACUUUUUAUAACUUUAUACUAAUUAACCCUCACUGAUGGUGCUGUAGACGGCAAACAUGAUUCCUUCACAUUCAGCCGACCCAGUUAACUGGAGGAUGCGGCUACAGCUGCUUGUUUGGUGUUGGAAAGUGCUUUGAUCAGAAGAGGAUAACGACCAAAACCAGUCCUCUGGUCACGUGUUCACAGGUGCCUUCAUCUCUUGACUCCUCAUUUUCGAGAUCACACCUCUUCAGAUUUGCACGGCUGGACGGUCUGGUUAGCCUUCACACUGCACUAGCUUACACGAGUCGAGGACCAGAGCUCAGAGGAGUUGGUUCAAUGAAACAGACUGAAGGAACAGAGUGGUGUGUACCAAACAGCUCAGUGUGAAAGUGAGUUCAGGCUGCUUGCAAGUGAACUCUGGUGCAGUUCGGUAACAGUGUGAAUGCUGACAGGCAAACCAGAAUAACAGACGUGAGCGCUGGGUGUUAGAAGCAGAAUAAAGGACAGAAAAUGGCUUGAAUGUGUUUAUCAUUUGGGUUGAUUUUGCUCCUCGAUACGUUGAUUUGAUCUCGUUCUGGAACUUCACGUUUCCAGGCGAUUCGGUUCACUUGGUGUUAAAAAGGUGUCAACAUUUUUAGCAUUUUAGCUCAUUUAGGAUUACCCUAAACCACUCUGGUAUCGAUACUUGGGUCCUGUUUUGUGGGUUAAACAAUUGUUCUUUUGUUUUUAAUCACAUCAGUCGAUGGUAAAGAAUUUAAACAAAGACUGCAAAGUUGAAUUCCUUUUUGUUUCUUUUUGUUUUUAUUUUAAAUUAAGUUCCUCGCACAGCGGAAGAUGGGUGGAUGUAAUAUUCUGUUGGUCACUGGGUCCACUAAGCUCUUUCUACUUUUGGUUUAUUAGAAAAAAAUGCUGAAAAUCCUAAUUUAGCGUCAUUCUCAAUAAGGAGUGAAGAAAAAUGAGAUGAAAUCUGCAUCUGUGGUGUAAUACUCGGAUUUAUCAGUCAUUGAGUCCUGAUGCGAGUAAAGCUUCAGGUUUUCUUGGGUCUGCUAACUGUGCGUUAGCAGGUCCGUCCUCGAAUUUACACAUUUAAAAUCUUCAUUCCCUUCAAUCCUCCAUAUUCCAACACUUAAGUUUACAUCAUGUAAAAUUGUGAAAACUUUCCCCCUUUUUCUUUGAGUCUCAAUUGAAAGACAAUAUUUUUGUACUUUACAUUAAUGUCAUAUUUUAUUAUAUUAGUAUAAAAUGUUUGAGCCACAUACAGUCUGUACAGCACUGUAUAUACUGUCGUAAUAAAACCAUGCAAUAUCUUU